AUUUUUAGUAUGAAAGACGAUGGAUCUCUUCCAAAUCAUAUGAUAUAUAAAAUUCGACAGAAUGCAUCAUUUACGAGUACAACUAAUUUAGUUAGAAAUAGGUUUUGGUUUCCAGGACCAAGAAAUUGGGGUUAUAAUUAUUAUCAGUUUGGAUUUUUAUGGAUUCAGGAUGUCCUUGAGCGUGCAAUGAUAAAUCUGUACACAGAGAAAGAUGUUAUAGAACCUGGAGGUUAUGUUCAUCAGUUUCCAUAUCCAUGUUAUAUUCAGGAUGAGUUCUUGUUUAUGAUUGAACAUGUCAUGCCAUUAUGUCUAGCUAUUUCUUGGGUUUAUUCUGUAGCAAUGCUUGUUCAAAAUAUUGUUUAUGAAAAGGAACAGAGAUUGAAAGAAGUAAUGAAAACAAUGGGACUGAACAGUGCUGUACAUUGGCUUGCCUGGUUUAUAACAAGCUUUGUUCAAAUGACUAUCACUGCUGCUAUUCUUACCAUAAUUUUAAAAUAUGGUUUAGUUCUCACUUAUAGCAAUCCUCUAUUGAUAUUUCUCAUGCUGGAAAUUUUUGUCAUAGCAAAUAUCAGUUUUUCGUUUCUUGUGAGUGUGGUUUAUUCAAAAGCUAAGUUAGCAGCGGCGUGUGCUGGAAUUAUUUAUUUUCUUACUUACGUUCCUUAUAUGUAUAUUGCUGUGAGAGAAGAAGCUGCACAUGAUCGUAUACCAGCAUGGCUAAAGAGUUUAGCAUCUCUGUUAUCAACAACUGCAUUUGGAUUAGGUGCUAAAUAUUUUGCAUUUUAUGAAGAAGUUGGUGUUGGAGUACAGUGGUCUAACAUUGACAUAUCUCCAGUAGAAGAUGAUGAAUUUAGUUUAUGGAAUGUAGCUAUUAUGAUGCUGAUGGAUACUUUCCUUUAUUCUCUGCUUGUAUGGUAUAUAGAAAAUGUCCAUCCUGGUUCAUAUGGUCUACCUAAACCAUGGUAUUUCCCAUUUACUAAAAGUUACUGGAUUGGCGCACCAAAAACUGAUGCCGAAUGUGGUUGCAUCAAUGAUUGUUGGCAUAAAUUAAUCAAAAAAAGUCAUUGGGGUCUUUCAGUAACAGAAGAGGAUCAAGCUUGCGCAAUGGCAAAUAGGACACAUGACAGUCGCUUUUUUGAACCUGAUCCAGAGCAUUUACCUCUUGGUGUUUGUAUUGACAAUUUGGUGAAAGUGUAUAAAACUGGAAAUAAACUGGCAGUUAAUAAGUUAAGUUUAAAUCUUUAUGAAGGACAAAUAACAUCAUUUCUUGGUCAUAAUGGAGCUGGAAAAACUACUACUAUGUCUAUACUUACUGGCUUGUUUCCUCCAACAUCUGGUUAUGCAACUAUUUAUGGCCAUGACAUAAGAACUGAAAUGGAAAUUAUUCGACAAAGCAUGGGAAUGUGCCCUCAACAUAAUGUUUUAUUUGAUGAGUUGACUGUAGAAGAACAUUUAUGGUUUUAUUCAAAGCUUAAAGGCACUCCUGAUGAGUUCUUAAAAGACGAAAUGGAUAAAAUGAUUGAAGAUUUAAAUCUGCCAUUAAAAAGAAAAAGCAAAGUUGAUUAUUUAUCUGGAGGCAUGAAGCGAAAACUUUCUGUGGCUAUUGCAUUUGUUGGUGGGUCACAAGUAGUAAUAUUAGAUGAACCGACUGCUGGAGUAGAUCCCUAUUCACGUAGAGCUAUUUGGGACCUAAUUUUAAAAUAUAAACAUGAAAGGACUAUACUCUUAUCAACACAUCAUAUGGAUGAGGCAGAUAUAUUAGGAGAUCGAAUUGCUAUCAUAUCAAAUGGCCAGUUACAAUGUUGUGGCACUUCUCUCUUCCUAAAAAAUAAUCUUGGAGAAGGAUAUCAUUUGUACAUAGUCAAAAAACCUUUAUCUUCACCACCUGUUGAAACAGAAGUUUGUGACGAAAAAUCUGUAACAAAUUUCAUUACUCAACAUGUUACAAGUGCCUAUCUAGUAGCCGAAACUAAACAUGAACUUCAUUAUGUGCUUCCUAUGAGUGAAUUAAGAAAAGGAAGCUUUGAAAAAUUGUUUACAGCAUUAGAAAGUAGUUUAACUCAAUUAAGAAUAUCAAGUUAUGGCAUUAAAACAACAACAUUGGAAGAAGUAUUUUUACAAGUUGCUGAAAAUGGUCAGAAGGAAAUAGAAUCUUCUCCAAAAUCAAGGCCAUUAAAGAACAUAAAAAAUGUAUCAAAUGGUUAUUAUUCACCAGAUAUAUACUUAGAUGACAAAGAUGUGUUUUUAGAAAGAGAUGACGAAGGUUCUGUUCCAUUACUGCAAGUUGGUGAUAAUUGUAAUCAAACAAAUGGAAUUUCAUUAAACUUUGAAGAAAAUGUAAAGAAGAAGCAAGCAGGUGAUGGAAAAGCAGAUUAUUUACAAUUGAAAAAUAGCCCAUUAAUAGAAAAUAACAUUCCUCCAAGAAAUCCAAAUUGGGAAGGUGCCGGAACAUAUAAAAUAGAAGGAAAAUUUUUGUUGUUACAGCAGUUCAAUGCAAUACUGUUAAAGCGUUUUUACUGUACUAAACGAAAUUGGAAAGGGUUAUUUUCUCAAAUAUUAUUACCUGCAUUCUUUGUCAGUAUUGCCAUGUCUGUUGCUUUAACAGCUCCUAAGAUAGAAGAUCUCCCACCUCUCAUUCUAAGUCCAUCACAAUAUUACAAUUACACGCAACCCGAAGGAAAUGUUAUACCUUUCUCCAAUAAUUUACAAGACGACCAAAGGUGGUCGACUGAUGCCGAUUCUACGAAGCUAGUACGCACUCUAGUACACAUGCCGUCUGGUGUCGGUGCCACUUGUGUGCUGAAGAAUCCGUUCAAUAACAGUUUUGACGAACGAAUGGAAAAACUCAAUUUUUCAGUCCGUAAUUUUGAAUUACUAUCUGAUUAUUUUGAACCAAGUUGUGAAAGUGUGUUUGUACCAGGUUUACCCUUAGAAAAUUUUGUUCCAUCUCCCCCUACGGCAAGUUCACCAAUAUAUAAUGGUAAAGACAAUCUAAACAAUAAUACUUGGCUUCGUACGACCGAACCACCAUCUACUAAUAAAAAAAGAUUUUAUCCAUAUUGCCACUGUUCUGAAGAUAAAACUGGUUAUGUCUGUCCAUCAUACGAUUAUUCUAAUCCAUAUUCAUACAAAGUUGUCACUGGAGAUAUCCUUCUAGACAUUAAUAGCGAUAACGGAAUUGAUAAGUAUCAGCAAAAUGAACACGAGUAUUAUUUGUAUACAACAGAUAUGUACAGAUUGAGAAGGUAUGGAGCUUUUUCAUUUGGUUGGGUUAGAGAUUACGUGCCGCCAUAUUUUGGCAAAGAUGCGCCAUCUCUGUUUCGAAAAAUUGCUGUCAGAAAUGUUGCAAAGGUAUGGUACAACAAUAAAGGAUAUCACAGUGUACCAACAUAUGUAAAUAGUUUAAAUAAUGCUAUACUGAGAGCAAAUCUUCCAAAAUCUAAAGGAAAUCCAUCAGCUUAUGGAAUUACAGUAAUUAAUCAUCCAAUGACGGAUACAUCAUACAUGCUCUCAAAAGAUCAAAUUCUGCAAGGAACGGAUGUCUUGAUUGCAAUAUUCAUCAUUGUAGCCAUGUCAUUUGUUCCUGCCAGUUUUGUCCUAUUUCUCGUCUAUGAAAGAUACAUUAAAGCCAAACAUCUCCAAUAUGUCAGCGGAGUAAAUGCUGUCAUUUACUGGGUUGCUAAUUACUUUUGGGACAUGUGUAGUUAUGUUGUUCCUGCGACUUGUUGUGUUUUAAUUUUAUUAAUUUUUGACAUUCCUGCAUAUACUUCACAUAAAAACUUUCCUGCUGUUGUUUCACUCUUUCUGAUUUAUGGGUGGUCUAUAACACCAAUGAUGUAUCCCGUAUCAUUUUUAUUUAAAGAACCAAGUACAGCUUACAUAUUUUUAAUUGUUAUCAAUCUAUUCGUUGGAAUAACCUGUAUUGUGACUAGCUUUUUACUCGAAGUUUUCUCAUACGAUGCAUACUUAGGAGAAGUUCAUGAACUAUUGAAAAUGAUUUUUCUACUUUUCCCUAAUUACUGUUUGGGUCGAGGACUAAUGGACAUUGCAUUUAAUGAAUAUCAAAACUUUUUUCUUUUCAAAACAGGUCAAUAUGAUAAAAUGAAAUCCCCAUUUGCAUGGAAUUUAGUUACAAGAAACUUAAUUGCUAUGGCAUUUUGUGGCUUGGUAUUUUUUUUCAUUACACUUUUGUGUGAAUUUAACUUUUUCAGAAAACCAAAAAAUGUCAAAGUUCCAGGAUAUGUAAUAAAAGAUGAAGACGUAGAUGUUUCAUUUGAGCGUCGGCGAGUCUUAACAGGCCAAGCUAGUAAUGAUAUAUUGCAUUUAGAUAAUCUUACAAAGGUAUAUCAAACAAGAAAAUUAGGGAAGCAUCUUGCAGUUGACAGACUUUGUUUAGGAGUUUCAGGUGGAGAAUGUCUUGGUCUCUUGGGUGUAAACGGUGCAGGAAAAUCAACAACAUUUAAAAUGUUGACGGGUGAUACUUCCAUAACAGCAGGCGAUGCGUUUUUAAACGGAUACAGUAUUCGAAACAAUUUACAUAAGAUUCGGCAGUUUAUUGGUUACUGUCCCCAGUUUGAUGCUCUUUAUGAUGAAUUAACUGCCAGAGAACAUUUGCAACUGUAUUCUAGAUUCAGAGGCAUCCCUCCUAAGGAAGAAAAAAAGGUAAUUGAAUGGGCAUUGAAAAAAUUAGAUUUGAUUCAUUAUGCUGACAGACCAAGUGGAACUUACAGUGGUGGCAAUAAACGAAAACUAUCAACCGCCAUAGCACUUCUUGGUGCUCCGCCAUUAAUUUAUAUGGAUGAACCAACAACAGGAAUGGAUCCAUACACACGAAGAUUCUUAUGGGAUUUAGUUAUUGAACUAGUCAAAAGUAACAGAUCGGUUGUUUUUACUUCACACAGCAUGGAAGAAUGUGAAGCAUUAUGCACAAGAUUAGCCAUUAUGGUAAAUGGGCAUUUCAAAUGUCUUGGAAGUAUUCAGCAUUUAAAGAACAGAUUUGGAGAAGGUUAUUACAUAAUUCUUCGUACAAAAGACUGUGAGCAGGAAGUUGUGCAAAGAUGGUUUCGGAGAACAUUUCCCGAUGCCAUACUAAAGGAAAAGCAUUUUAAUAUGUUACAGUAUGAAUUGAAAUCUGAAAACAUUUCUCUCGCUUAUGUUUUUUCUAAAAUGGAAUCUGCACUGAAUGAUCUGCCAAUUGAUGAAUAUUCAGUAUGUCAGAACACUCUUGAUAAUGUAUUUAUUAAUUUUGUCAAGCAACAGUCGGAUAUCGGAAGUAACGAGAAUGAAAUUUCUCUAAGGCGAUGCCCUACUUCUUCAUCUUUGAACGAAAGCUUAGAUGGUAGUGAAGAUGACAUUGGCACUCAGAUUCAAAGAUCUCAUAGCCGUCUUGCAUUCGUUCACAUGGAUGUAGAAUAUUGAACCGCUCAUAAAGAAUUAACAUUUCAUCUCAGAAAA